AUGACCCUGGCUGCGGUCAUGUGCGGGAGAGAGGCUCUCAUCGCGCUGUAUGAUGCAACCGGAGGGCACUCAUGGAAGGUCAAGACCGGAUGGGAGCUGCUGCACUUUUCAGACUACUGCGGGUCCGAUACACACUCGGCUUGGUUUGGGGUCUACUGCUCGUCAGGCGAGGUCGUUCUCGUCACGCUCCCGGAGAACAACCUCGUUGGCAGCAUUCCUGACGAACUCUCACAGCUGACGGCACUUGUCAGUCUCGAUCUCCGCGGCAACAAGCUGAGCGGGGCGCUGCCGUCGUCGCUCUUUACCCUCUCGCAGCUCAGUACGCUCCUGCUCAACACCAACAGCCUCGACGGUACGUUGCCGUCCAACUUUGCUGGCGUCGCGAGUCUGGUCUCGGUCGACGUCUCGUUCAACAGUUUUGUCGGCGCGCUCCCGCCGAUCUCCUGUCCCAAGCUCUGCUCGCUCAAGCAGCUGAUAGUGUCCAACAACAAGCUCUCCGGCCCCAUUCCGGACACGUUUACCGCACUCCCCUUUCUUGAGCUUGUCGACCUCUCGCACAACAAGUUCACCGGGCCGAUUCCGGCCACCCUCCCGCACAUUUCCGACCUCGGCACCGUCAAGCUCGACAACAACUCGCUCACCGGCACACUUCCGGCCGCCUUUGCUGGCGCCUCGCUCCUGGCCACCCUCUCUGUCGCCGACAACAAGCUCUUUGGCCAGCUGCCGGACCUCUCUGCGCUCGCUGAUCUGACGCUCUUUGACGGCUCGGCCAACGCGUUCAACGGAUCCGUCCCGAGCUGGGCUGGGUGCUCGCACGACAUGGUGUGUCACCUCGAGGGCAACCCGCGGCUAACUUGUCAGACUGCGUGCGAGGGCAACCACUGCCACGUCGACUCGUGCACCUCUUGCGUCCUUACAUACUGCUCGUCAUCGAACGAGUGCCUCGAUGCAGGCGGUGGCUGCCCGGUCUGUGACCUCGACUCGCACCGGUGCGUCCCGGUCGCCGCCGACCCGCCGCCGCCGCCGCCGGUGGCGCCCGGCCCCACCCCGCCACCGCCGAUUGUGCCCAUCACCUCGGCCACGUUCACCUCGUUCUCGUCCACAAGCGCGACCGCGACCGGCUCGAGCAACGCGACGUCGCACAGCCCGCCGCCACCGGCCUACGGUGCCAUCAUUGGCGUCGUCGUCGCCGUCGUCUGCUGUGUCGGCGUUGUCGUCGCCGUCGCCAUUGUCCGCGUCCGCCGCUCCUCCGCCGUCACCCCCGAGACCGUCGGCCUCCUCGCCGCCGCCCGUCAUGGCCGCCGCCAGGGCAUGCACUCGGUCAACGAGUCGGGCUCGGGCUUCUAUUACGUAGUCGACGGUGCGGCCGAGGAGUCGACCUCGGACGGCCGCAUCUCAGGCGGCUCCGAUGGCUCGUUCCGCACCGCAAAGGACCGCACCAAAGAGCUCUCGGUCCGCUUCGACACAGCCUCGUCGGGCAAGCGCGGCGAGGUCUUCACCUUUGUUAUUGACACCCGGCUCGAGGUCAUCAAGUGGUCCGAGCUCGAGAUCACUGGCGAGAUUGGGCGCGGCGGCUACGGCACCGUCCUCCGCGCUCGCCGUGGCCACACCGAAGUCGCCGUCAAGGUCCUUCGCGACAUCGUCCACCCAGAGCAGGUCCAGGCAUUUGUCGAGGAGGCCUCCAUCCUCUCCGACCUCAAGCACCCCAAUUGCGUCCUCCUCAUGGGCGUCUGCGUCGAGCCGCACCACAUGUCCAUCGUCACCGAGUACAUGCGUGGCGGCGACCUGCACUCGGUCAUCUACCCGCAUGACGACUCGCUCCACGGCUCGCCAUCGGCCUCAAACCUCACCCGUCGCCGCCGCUUCCAGAUCCUGUACGAGGUCGCGCUCGGCCUCGAGUACCUGCACGCGCGCGGCAUCGCCCACCGUGACAUCAAGCCGCGCAAUGUCCUCCUCGACGACCGCGCCCCGGCUACCGCAAAGCUCGCAGACUUUGGUCUUGCUGGCCUCAAGAAGAUGGACAUCGGCGGCGGCGGCACAGAACUGUACUCGGCCCCCGAGGUCCUCGACGGCCUCACCGCAGACAAGCGCUCAGACAUGUACUCGUUCGGCAUCGUCAUGUUCGAGGUCCUCUACUCGCGCAAGCCCACAGGCUCGUCGCGGAGCAGCGCCCUCGACGGCAACUCGGUCAGCAUUCCUGAGGACUCCUCGCCCCGGGUCGCCUCGCCGCGACUUGGCCUGAGUCGCGACCAAGUCGACUCGCCGCGCCUGGCCACGUCCGACAUCGAGGCGCGUCUCCCCCUCUCAUACGUGCCUCUGACGCAGCUGACGCGACUUGGCGACACCCUAAUCUAUGGAGCUGCAUUUGUUGGCCUGGGCAUGAUGGUAGGCACUCUUGGCCCAUCGCUGUACCUGCUUUCGGCUGCUUGGGGUGAUGCCUCAUCGCCAUCAGCCCUCGGCAUGCUCUUUCUCGCCCGCAUGGUGGGGACCGUCAUGGGAACUGUUCUCGGUGUCCGAGUCCUCGUCAUCCUCUCCAACCAAGCCAAUAAGGCCCUCACCCUGGCCACAUCCGUCAUCGCCCUCGCCCUGCUCCUCAUUCCGUAUUGGAACGCAGAAGGCCUCGUCCACGCCCUCUUUGUCCUCCGCGGCGCAGGCGUCGGCCUUGUCGACACCGUGGGCACAGGCCUCGUCAUGUAUCUGUGGGAGAAGGCGUCAUCAAGAGCCCUCCACACCAUGUCGUUGGCUUUUGGCCUCGGCGCUGUCGUCUCGCCGCUGGUCAUUGCCGCCACCUGGUCUGCUGACGCGCCUGACACGCCGUACUGGAUCAUGGCGGUCAUGAUUCUCCCGCUCGCUGUUGUCGCCCUCCUCCUCCGCUCGCCGCCGCAGUUUGCCACGCCGUCGGGCGCGUUUGCGCUCGGCUCGCGUCUCCCGCGCCACUACCUCCGCCUCACCGCGCUGGGCGAGUGGCUGGCCGACCCAUCGCAGCCGUCGCUCGCUCACUACGCCGCCUCGCGCAACGUCCGCGUCGGCGCCCUCCUCUGCACCCUCUACGCCAUGGUCGUUGGUGCUGAGCUCGCUUUUGGCUCGUGGCUCCCGACCUUUGCCAUGCGCGCCGGCAUCGGCUCGUUCUCGUCGGCGCCUUUCUAUGGGCUCAUGGGCUACGCCGCCGGUGCCACCUUUGCCGUCUUCCUCCUCAUCGCCUGCAAGCCGUCCGAGUCGGCACCGCUCUCGGCGUCGACCCUCUGGGCCGGCGUCGUCAUCCUCGGCCUUGCUAUGUCGGGUCUCUCACCGACCCUCCUCUCACUCUUCCACCUCUUUGACGUCGCCGUCACCCGCUCCACGGUCAACGCACUCGUCAUCACUGCCUGGAUUGGCGAGCUUGUCGUGCCCUACAUCCUCGGCCACGUCCACGAUGCCUUUGAGGCUGGUCUGCACUCGGCCAUGCUCAUUCUCUUCCUCGCCAUCCUUAUCCUCGUUGUCGUCCUCUUCCGCUCCUUUGACGUCAUCACCCCGUCCUACGGCUGGGGUGCCGUCAACCGCCGCUCAUACACCGCCCGCCCAGACAUUGGCGUUGGCGUCACCCUCGACCUCAUCUCACCCUCGCCCACCGACGCCCCGCUCAUGCUCCCCUCGGACGACGAGUCAACCUCCGAGUCGGUCAUAGACUCGCCGCCGCGCCGCACCACCAACCUUCUCGCGCCCGUCGACGAGCCUGCCACGUCCGCCGGAUCCUCCUCCCCCUCUCUCCCCUCACGCGUCUCCACCGCCGACGCCUUGGCCACCAUCCCCGCUACGGUCGCCGAGCCUCCCUUGACCACGGAUGUCUCGGACGACGGAGUCGGCGCUGUUGCCGCUCUCGUCUCCAUCCGCAAGGAACUCUCCGAUCUCUAGCCCGUCAUGUUCUUAUACAUACCCCUACCCCCCCCCCCUUGAUCCCGCUCGCGCAACGCACAACAGCCCAUGGCGGACUCAGCCUCCCUUAACAAGCACCAUAGCCAU